CAUCAACAAUUUUAUUUGUAAAAAAAUUCAUAAAUGAACAAUUAUCAUCAUCGUCAUCAUCAUUAUUAUUAUUGGCAAAUAUUCGAUCAAAUUGUUGGACAAAAACGAUUCAACAACAAUCACAGAGAAAAUUUGCACAUUUUCCAAAACAACAACAAACCCGGUAUAAUCUGGUCAAUAAAAAAAAUAAAAUUAUCGAUAUUCAACGACAUAAUAAACGUACAAUUAUGAUACAAUCAACAAUCAAUAGACAACAAGCAACAGCAGCUAUGGAUACAACAACAACAACAACAACAACAACGAUGACGCAAUCCGAUCAAAUCCGGUGUCCAUUUCAUCAUCAUGAUAAUAUUGAUCAUAAUCAUCAUCAUCAUCAUCAUCAUUAUAAUCAAUUAAAAAAUGGACAACAACAAUAUCAAUCAUUUGAACAGAUACCAACACCGGCCGGAUUACCAUUGAUUGGUACAUUAUAUGAUCUUAUACGUGCCGGUGGUGCUGAAUAUGUACAUCAAUAUUGUGAUAAACGUCAUGAACAAUUAGGACCAAUUUAUCGUGAAAAAUUGGGCAAUGUUGAAGCAGUAUUUAUUGCCGAUGCUAAUCUAGUACAACAAGUAUAUAAACAUGAAGGAAAAUAUCCACAACAUAUGGUACCAGAACCAUGGAUUAUUUAUAAUCAAAAUAAAGGAAUUAAACGUGGAUUAUUUUUUAUGGAAGGAGAAGAAUGGAGUAUACGUCGUAGUGCAUUGAAUAAAGUAUUCUUAAAACCGGACAUCAUAAAUGAUUAUACGGAAGUUUUUAAUCAAGUUGUCACCGAUAUCCUGGACAAAUGGUCAAUGAAAAUGGUAGAAAAUCAUGUGGAUAGCCUAUUGAUUGAUGGUCUUGAAAAAGAACUAUACAAUUGGUCAAUUGAAUCAUUAGGAACAAUGAUUUUUGGACGUCGUCUUGGUUGUAUAACACCACAACCAUCAAGUGCAUUACCUGAUAUACAUGAAUUUGUUAACUGUGUACAAAGAAUUUUUAUUGAAUCAUCAAAUAUGCAAUUAAUACCACCAAAAUUGGCACAUUAUUUUCGUUUACCAGUAUGGCGUAGAUUUGAAGAUGCAGCCAGUAAAGCAUUAGAUUUAGCAUUUCAAUAUGUGAAUGAAAAUGCACGACAAAUAAAUAAUAAUGAUGAUGAAUCAUCAAUGAAUAAUCAAGGUAUUAUUAAACAAUUGAUGAAUGAUGGUCAUAUGCAAUUAGAUGAAAUCAGUCGUAUAAUUGUCGAUCUAUUUAUUGCUGCUGCCGAUACGACUUCUCAUGCAACACAAUGGGCAUUAUAUCUAUUAUCAAGACAUCCAAAUGUACAGGAACGUUUAUGCGAUGAAAUUGAACAGGUUACCGGUGGUGAAUCGAUUAAUGUAAAACAUUUACAAAAUUUAUCCUAUGUUAAAGGAAUAAUCAAAGAAUCAUUGAGACUUUACCCCGUGGCUCCAUUUCUUACACGUUAUCUAUCCGAUGAUCUUAUACUAGGUGGUUAUCAUGUACCAAAAGGACAAUUAGUCGUCAUAUCAUUAUUUACAACUGGUAGAAAAAAUGAAUAUUUUGAUGAGCCAGAAAAAUUUCAACCCGAACGUUGGCUACGUGAUCGUCAAAAUGGUCGUAAUCGUGUUGCCAAUAGCCAUGCAUGUUUACCAUUUGGUCUUGGCGUACGUAGCUGUAUUGGCCGUCGUGUUGCCGAAAUUCAAAUGCAAUUUUUUCUAUCACGACUUGUACAACGAUUCCAUAUUCGUCCAACAAGUGAUAAAGAAAUUGAUAUAAAAUUACGUAUGAUUACGACACCGGAAAAAUCGAUUGAUUUAAUAUUGAAACAUCGAUAAUCGAUAAACAGAUUGAUAAUGAUGAAAUCGAAAUGACCACCGAAAAAUAAAAACAGAGAGAUGGCGAAAACAAUGAUUUGGCCACACUUGAUGGGCAAUGAAUCAAUCAAUUGUUGUUUUAAACGAUUUUUAUUAUUAUUAUUAUUACUAGAUUAUUUGAUAUUUACCAUUUUUGGCUUUCGUAUUUUAUAUUUCACAAUUUUCAUUCAUUUUUAUGUUACAUUCCAUACACAUUCCAUGUUUAGGUUAUAUAAAUUUUUUUUUC